UUCGGCCGCAGCUCAGUCUCGCGCCGCGCUCGCUGCUUCUCGGUCCUCGACCCAGGUCGAAGGUGCUAGUGAUAGUGAUGUGCCUCCCUAGCUGACGAUGUGCAAGCCGUGUUUAGUGUGUGCAUACCCGAGCGGCCACGAGCGGCCCCGCCCCACGCGACCGUAGCGUCAUGUGGAAUACCUUCCUUAUACUGUCCGGACUCAUCGCCCUCGGCGGUGGGGCCUCCUUCAACUCCCACAAGGAAAUCCUGGAGUGUGCAAGCCAGAUCCUGUACAUGGACCAGCACGCGUACCAGAUUCCAACCAACUAUAACAGAAACAUUCCACCCGGCAAAAACACCACUGUGUACAUAGGAGUUAAUGUUAAUAGAGUGUCAGGAGUCGACGAGAACAGAGAAGAAAUAACACUAGACGUGUUUCUACAAGCGUCAUGGGAGGACUCCCGCCUGCACGUGCCCCCGGGCAUGACGCUGAUCGAUCUCCCUUGGGAGUUCCGCCAGCUCAUCUGGACCCCAGACCUGUACAUCUACCAGCUACAGUCCAUGAAAAUCCUAUCAGUCUUCAACGACAUGGCCUCGCUGAGGCUCUACUCCAAUGGCACCGUCUCAGUCAGUAUUGGGGCAACAAUCACGAUAAAAUGCGAGAUGGAUUUCGUCCUAUAUCCGCUGGAUGUGCAAAACUGUGCGAUCGAUUUUAGUAGUUACAAAUACACAACAGAAGACAUCCGCUUCGAGUGGCGGGAAGUGGCGGCGUGGCGGGGGCUGGGCAGCGGCCCCGGGCAGCGCAGCGAGUUCCGCCUCCCCAAAUACGUCGUCACCUUCGUCACGGACAAAAGUAAACAUAUUCGCACUUAUGGUGAAGGCGACCACUCCGCCGCCCGUCUCCAAAUCAAGCUAUCCAGGGAGCUGAGGAGCUACCUCCUGGAGAGCUACCUACCUUCGACCCUGUUCGUCAUCAUCUCGUGGGGCAGCUUCUGUGUAAUCCCGGAGAUAGUGCCCGGGCGAAUGGUGUUGCUGGUCACUACGCUGCUGUCUCUUGUAACCAUGUUCGAUACAGUUAGCACAAAUUCGCCCGACGCCCUCGAGCUGAAAUGCAUCGAGGUGUGGCUGAUAUGGUGCACCAUCUUCGUGUUCCUCGCGCUCAUGGAGUACUUCGUGGUUCUGUUCGGGAUCCGCUACGACAAGAGUUGGUGCCAGCGGCGACAGGAACUGCGCAGGGCCGCCUCCGCCGUCCAGCUCGCGCCGCAGCUGCAGACCAAUCACCAGAGAUUAAGUACUCCAGUGACAGGGACGCCCCAAGGACCAGUGUUCACGCCUCAACUGAGCGUCGAAGACGAGGGUCUUAAGCAGCAAUUCUCUCAUCAAACUAUACAAAGGGACUCACCGAUGCUGGAGGCGAUGGCCAUGCAGUCGCAGUCGUCGCAGCCGAGCACGCUGCGCGCGCGGCUCAGCUCCGCGCUGGAGCGCGCGGUCAUGUUCUGCGGCGCGCAGCACGGCGCGCUCGACCGCUUCGCCCUCAUGCUGUUCCCUCUCAGCUUCCUGAUCUUCAAUAUUAUUUACUGGACAGCAUACCUAUAUGAGGCGCAUCAGAGAAACAAUAAGUGAAGUGAAUUUACGUAUGUGAUCAUUGUGCCUGCGAAGACUAUUUACGUGUAAAUAUUAGGGAAAUUUGCUAGUCUCCUUACAUCUGUGACCCUAUUUGAACUUUUCUGAUUAACUUUAGUAUAAAUCAUAUAUUUAUGAUUGGCGUAUGGUGAAUCACAAUGUUUGCUGUAUGAAUUACUUAGGUAUUGAUUACCUAAAUAUGUCAGUGUGACGUUAAACAAAGGUUAAGCAAUAUCGUCUGUAAGUACAUAAUUAUAUUUAGGUACAGCGAAAAUAGACAUAUCUUCAUCCAUGAUGAUAGCUUGGACCAAGAAUCCCUUGAACUACUUACCUAAUAUAAAAAUGAUCAUACUUAUGAAAUAGGUUUCUAUUCCUAUUUAAUAACUAAAUUAAGUUUUGAAAGGCUUCAUUUAAUUUUAUAAAAAAAUAUAAUUACAUACUUGAGUGGUGUGGUGUAUAUAUAUAAUGUAUUUAUAUCGAAUUUUGAAAAAUUCCUAGAUCAUUUGCUUCGUAAAUAGCUAUAUUAUUUGUUUCUGUAUUAGUAAGCUUACUAUUUUUAUUCGAUAGAUACUUAUAUUAUUCAGUGUAAAAGUAAGUAGGUACCUAAGUCCAAUCUUGGAACAUUAUUUUUGAUCAAACAUUGAUUACAUUGAUUAAUACACUUAAGAUUAUCUUACAAACUAUUGUUUAUGAUAGCUGGGGUAAUGUACACUGAUAUUAUGGUGGCUGACUGAUGAUAGUGUCGCGAAAAAUGGAAUGCAUAUCUAUACCCAGUAGCGGGUUGAUGUGGGAAAAAUACAGAUAAUAUUGAAUAUUUCUAUCUCAUGUGGCUACGCUAUGCCCGUGUCUAUAAUUUUCUUUAUCUUCGAGGAAAACAAAUAUUAUUUUUUUCUUAAAACUAGUGGAAACAGGAUGAUAAAUAUGCGCGCUACCAUAUAUAUAAGAAAUGUUCUUACCUAUAUCUGCGAGCGCCAGAAUAAUCAAAUAAGUAUUACACCCCCUUAGUGUAAGUUCUGUCUAAGCAUGAAAUACGUUAUGCCGGCUAUACACUAUCGGAAAACAGUUCGCCAAACUUCGGCGGAUUCGACACAUUUUGCUGGCUUUUCAUUUAAUACAAACUACGCAAUGUUUAUUCAUUGAUGUCAGCAUCUGUCCUAGUGGACAGCGUAUAGCGAUAGUGUAUAGCGGGCAUUAGAAACAUGAACAUUACACCACUACAACAUAGUGCUCAGCUUUUAUUGCUACGCGCUUGAUGUUUCACUUGAAAUUAAAUAUUGCCUUACUUACUGUUACAUAUUGUUACUAUUAAAUGAAAUACCUUAUAUAUUUUGGAAACCCUUCCGUCCUCGCCGUUGGUCAAUCCAAAUAUGAAAUAUUAUUAGUAUUGUUGAAAAUAUAAUAUUAAUAAUUUAAGUAUACAAAUGUAGGUAACUAACUAAAAUAGGUAUUAAUAAUAAUAACGAGAAAAUAAGUCAGGGUUACAUUGUAAUAAUAUAAUAUUCGUAUGGAUUCAAAUUGUGUCCGUGAAGAAUCAGGUUAAACACCAUCUAGUCAUAAUUUUUUGAGACUACCUACCUAAAUACAUAGGUACCUAGGUACUUAAUUUUAGAUUGUAACUAUUAAAAUAACUAGAAGUAUUACAACAAUUUUUCGUCCAAUUUUAUAAAGAAGCACAAUUAAUAUUAGAUUGCACAAAUUACACCAUUGAACAAAAGGUCGGUUAAGAACCUCAUUCGUUAACGCUAGGUACUGGCGGCUUCUACAUAGGUACUAGCAAAGAUUUUGGAUCCUUAUCCAAAAUCUUUUGGGUACUAGGAACUUAAAUACAAAAUGUCUGCUUCAAUUGGACCAAAAUAUAUUUUUGCUAUAUCUUUCAAAUAAAUUAUUAUGAUUUAUGCGACUAUAUCAUAUGCUUUUAAUUAUUCGCGGACGCGAUCCAAAAUCUUGCCAUAGUAUAAGUACAUAAAUCAUCGAUAUGUGAUGUAUCGAUAUAGGUACCUAUCCUGCCUAUAUACAUCGAUGAUAUCUGAUAAAAUCGUGAUUUUAUGACAAGUUCAAGAGAGAUCAAAACAUCAAUUGUGCGUCAUUAGUGAUACAAUAAGUUACAAAGUGUUCAAUGAUUCAUAAUCUUUAUUUCGUAAGAGAUAACUAUUAAAAAUGUUAGAUUACGAAGCGCUUUUCUGUAAAAACUGACGUAGGUAUUAAGUUCGUAUAGUCGACAGCACAUCAACCUACACAAAUUCGCCGUUAUUACAGUUACAUAAUAUUGUAAGAAAGGUAUGGAUUUGAAAUUGAAUGGGAAAAUAAGUAGGGAAAGGCCGAAGAAGAGAUGGAUUGAGUGCAUUAGGCAGGAUAUGGCUAAAAAGGGAGUAACAGAUCGGUUAACACCAGAUAGGGAGAAGUGGAGCCUGACAUGCUGUACCGACCCCACAUAAAGUGGGAUAAGGGUAGCCUGAUGAUACCGUUACAUAAUGGACCGUGCAGGGUACCAUGACGUGUGGUUGACUGUACGUCUAAUCUAAAUAUUUUAUUUUUGUAAGACGAUCUCUAACAAGUUGUUAGAUUUGUUCCAUUAUUUUACUUAUUUUAAUACUAGUAUGAUCACUUCUCAUAUCGAUAUCAACUUCUUGUAUUGGAUUCGAACUUUGUGCCUUACAGUCCUUGCUGCAAGUUCUUUAGGUAGAAUGCUUAUGAUCCCAUAUGUUACUUCGUAUUUAAACAUACUUAAGGACAGUAUUACUUUAAUACUUUCGAAUUUUAGACAAUAUGUAAUAAUGAAUAAGUGAAUGAAAACAAUAUAAAUAAAAGACACUAUUUUAAACCA